GUGCGAACGCAGCCCUCUGUUCCCCUCUCGCGACGCGCACGAGGACGAGCCAAGUUUCCGCCGCGGGUCCGUCAUGCUCGAUCCGUCCUCCAGCGAGGAGUCGGGCGACGAGGGGCGGCGCGAGGUACCCGCCGCGGGGGGCCCCCACCGGGCUCCGUCCGCUCCUCCGGCGGAGCGGCGCGAUCGCGCGCACGAGCAGCGCCCAGGUGCGGCCAGGUGCGGAGCCCCGAGCGGAGCCCCGAGCCCCCGGCGGCGCGAGAGCAGCAGGGAAGUGGAGGAGCGGCUGCAGAAGGAGAAGCAGAAGGAGAAGCAGGAGCAGGAGGAGGAGGAGCGGAGGAGCCGCCUGCAGGUGUACGUGUUCGUGCUCAGGUGCAUCGCGUACCCCUUCAACGCCAAGCAGCCCACGGACAUGGCGCGGCGGCAGCAGAAGCUGAACCGGCAGCAGUUGCAAGCAGUGAAGGAGCGCUUCCAGGCCUUCCUGUGUGGCGAGACCCAGAUUGCGGCGGACGAGGCCUUCUGCAAUGCUGUGCGGAGCUACUUUGAGGGGUUCCUCAAGAGCGAGCGAGUGUCCCGAAUGGUGCAGAGUGGCGGAUGCUCGGCCAAUGACUUCCGUGAAGUGUUCAAGAAGAACAUCGAGAGACGGGUGCGCAGCCUCCCCGAGAUUGAUGGCUUGAGUAAGGAGACGGUGCUGAGCUCGUGGCUGGCCAAGUAUGAUGCCAUCUACCGUGGUGAUGAAGAUCUACGGUGCCAGCCUUCCCGGAUGCCCUUGGGUGGCAUGUCGGAGCUGAUCCUGAGCAAGGAGCAGCUCUAUGAGAUGUUCCAGCAGAUCCUGGGAGUAAAGAAGUUUGAGCACCAGCUGCUUUACAAUGCCUGCCAGCUGGACAAUGCGGACGAACAAGCUGCUCAGAUCCGCAGGGAGUUGGAUGGUAGGCUGCAGCUCGCCGAGAAGAUAGCCAGGGAGAAGGCAUUUCCCAAGUUCAUCUCUAAGGACAUGGAGAGCAUGUAUGUAGAGGAGCUGAGGGCCUCUGUAAAUCUGCUGAUGGCCAACCUGGAGAGCCUCCCUGUGUCCAAGGCAGGACUGGACUUCAAGUUGCAGAAGGUGAAGCGAUCCUCCAUGAACUCCUCCUUCCUGGAUAUGAUGGACGAGAAUGAUGUCAUGCUCUCAAAGUCCGAUGUGGUUCUGUCCUUCACACUGGAGAUUGUGAUUGUGGAGGUCCAGGGCCUGAGGUCUGUGGCCCCCAACAGGGUCGUUUACUGCACCAUGGAGGUGGAGGGAGGGGAGAAGCUGCAGACAGACCAGGCUGAGGCCUCCAGACCACAGUGGGGCACCCAGGGAGACUUCACAACAACGUACCCACUGCCCGCCGUCAAGGUGAAGCUGUUCACUGAGAGCACAGGUGUCCUGGCACUGGAGGACAAGGAGCUGGGCAGGGUGGUGCUGCACCCCACCACUAACAGCCCCAAGACGGCAGAGCUGCACAAGAUGAUUGUGCCCAAGAGCAGUCAGGACACGGAGCUCAAGAUCAAGCUGGCCGUGCGCAUGGACAAACCCCCCAACAUGAAGCACAGUGGGCACCUUUAUGCUCUGGGACAACGUGUGUGGAAGCGAUGGAAAAGGCGAUAUUUCAUACUUGUCCAGGUGAGCCAGUACACCUUCGCCAUGUGCAGCUACCGUGAGAAGAAGGCUGAGCCCCAUGAGCUGCUGCAGCUGGAGGGCUACACAGUGGACUUCUCGGACCCUCAGCCAGGCCUCCAGGGUGGGCGUAUGUUCUUCAGUGCUGUGAGGGAGGGUGACCUGGUCGUGUUCGCCAGCGACAGUGAGCAGGACCGUAAUCUCUGGGUCCAGGCCAUGUACCGGGCCACGGGGCAGUCCUACAAACCGGUACCGCCCUCCCAGAAGCAGAACUGCCAAACAGGACACCUCCAGAAUGACUCCCCAGCCUCACUUCUCAGUCUUGAGCGAACGCAACGGCAGGGUGUGGAGGAGCUCAUUUCGGCAGUGCCGUGCCGCUUUGACCAUGCCGUGCUCUUCUCCAUGCUGCAGAGACUGACACUGCAACACCGCAUGAACGAUUCCUUCUCCUGCCUGGGCUGGUUCAGCCCUGGCCAGGUCUUUGUCCUGGAUGAGUACUGUGCCCGGUACGGCGUGCGCGGCUGCCACCGCCACCUGAGCUACCUGAGGGACCUGAUGGAGUAUUCGGAGGGGAACGCGCUCAUCGACCCCACUCUUCUCCACUAUAGCUAUGCCUUCUGCGCCUCUCACAUCCACGGCAACAGGCCAGAUGGCAUGGGAACAGUCACAGAGGAAGAACAGGAGCAGUUUGAGGACAUUCGAAGUAGACUUGUAAGUCUGCUGGAAAACCAGAUCGUGCAUUUCAGAUACUGCUUCCCAUUUGGGAGACCAGACGGAGCCCUGAAAGCCACACUCUCCCUGCUGGAAAGGGUAUUGAUGAAGGACAUUUCGACGCCUGUCCUGCCUGAAGAGCUGAGGAAGGUGGUGCAGAAGUGCCUGGAGAAGGCAGCCCUCGUCAAUUACUCCCAACUUACUGAGUAUGCCAAGAUCGAAGUGGAUCCCCAGGCUUCUCCAGAGAAAAAACUGGAGGAUGUGGUUCGCUUGGGGGAGCUGUGCAUCGACGUCCUGCAGCAGAACGAUGAGCAUCAUGCAGAGGCCUUCUCCUGGUGGCCAGAGGCCAUGGCGGAGCACGCCGAGACCUUCUGGUCCCUGUACAGUGUAGAUAUGGACACAGCAUUGCAGGCUCAGCCCCAGGACUCCUGGGCCAGCUUUCCCCUCUUCCAACUGCUCAACAACUUCCUGCGCAGUGACCCUCACUUGUGCAACGGUGUAUUCCACAAGCACUUGCAGAGUCUGUUCAUCCCCUCAGUGGUGCGCUACAUCGACCUGAUGGAGUCCUCCAUCGCACAGUCCAUCCACCGUGGCUUUGAGCAGGAGACGUGGCAGCCCGUCAAGACAAUAACUGACAACCUUCCCAGCAUGCCUCUGCCCAAAGUGCCCAACCUGUCCCUUACCUUGGCCCAACUGCCGAGCUUCUCUCCGCCCUCGUGGAUGGGCCCCCUGUGUGACCACACCUUGCAUGGAGUAAAUUUACCCGAUAUGCUUAACGGCUCAGCAACAUCAGAGGACCUGUUCUGGAAGCUGGAUGCUUUGCAGACAUUUGUCCAGGAUCUGCACUGGCCAGAGCCUGACUUUGCCAAACACCUGGAGCAAAGACUGAAACUCAUGGCCAGUGACAUGGUGGAGGCCUGCGUUAAGAGAACAAAAGCUGCCUUCGACGCCAAGAUGCAGAAGGCCGGCAAGUCGACGGACUUCCGGGUGUCCCCGUCCGUCUGCACCAUGUUCAAUGUGCUGGUGGAUGCCAGGAAGCAGUGCUCCAAGCUCUGCGUAUUGGACUCGGGCCAAGAGACCGAUAAACAAUGGCAACAGUACCACUCGAAAAUUGACGUCCUCAUCGACCAGGCCUUCAAAGACAUGAUUUCCACGCUGGUCUCUAAGUUUACUGCUGUUUUAGAUGGAGUCCUGUGCAAACUGUCCAGAUAUGAUGAAGGCACCCUCUUUUCCUCUAUCCUUUCCUUCACAGUGAAAGCAGCUGCUAAGUACGUGGACGUCCCAAAGCCUGGGACGGAUCUCGCAGACACCUACAUUACCUUUGUGAGGGAGAACCAGGACAUCCUGAGGGACAAUGUCACAGAGGAGCUGUACACUGAGAAGGUAUUUGAGCAAUGGUACAGCAGCUCCACAAAGGCCUUGUGCAUCUGGCUCACCGACAGACUUGACCAGCAGCUUCACGUGUUCCAGCUCAAGACACUGAUCAGGAUAGUUAAGAAGACCUACCGGGAUUUCAGACUUCAGGGGGUGCUAGAGGGGGCUCUCAACAACAAGAGCUACGAGACCGUACACAACCGGCUAACAAUGGAGGAGGCAGCGGCAUCCGUGACUGCAGACAAGAGUCUCCAGGGCAUCUCUAUGAAAGACAGCGAUGAAGAGGACAGUUAGUGCCCACCAAGUUCCUGGGUUGGCAAUGAUGAUGAUGAUGAUGAUGAGGAAACCAUCAUGGAAAUGUUUAUGGGGACAGUUCACAUCCAACAUUUGUCACAAAUGUGUCUCACCAUACAGAUGUCAUUGUGCUUGAGUCCAAAUGCAAAAAAAAAAAAAGGUGUGCAUAGGUUGUGUUUUGCCUUUUUACGUCAUGUCUAUACGAACAAAAGAACAGAAGCCAACAUGUCACAUGUUCAUGUUACAGUUCCUGAUGUAAAACCUGUGAAACCUGUAAGCCAUGGAACUGGGUUCAGGAAUUUGCACACUACUGACUCUGGGAGCUAGAAGGUACCUGGUGAUUUGACCAGGUUUCUACUGCUUUUGUGUAUGAGGAGAGAUGCUGGAACUCACCCUGUGGUUCCCUGUGCAAACAAUGACAGUCUUUGGUUCCUCGACACCAAAACGCUCUUUUUUCCAGUUGAUGUCGUAAUACUGGUUUUCUUCAUACGCUUCCAGUUCAUGAUUGGUGGCAAAAGUACACAUGAUUUUUCUCUGUAUCCACUUCUUGAGUUUGUGUAAAUCAGGUAUAAGCAGUUAUUGAAGAGUCCUCUGUGAAAUGCCAGAAUACAGCCAUGAAAUUGUGACAUUCAAGCGAAAAUGUUUAUAGUGUCAAUUGUGCACCUGUAUUUGUUCAGGUGUGCUCUAAAUGUUUAAAUAAAAGUGUU